AAGUUUGAUUCCUCCAGAGACAGAAACAAGCCUUUCAGGUUCAAGAUUGGCAGGCAAGAAGUCAUUAAGGGAUUUGAAGAAGGUGUUACACAGAUGAGCUUAGGGCAAAGAGCGAAGUUGACCUGCACGCCCGAGAUGGCCUACGGAGCCACAGGCCACCCUGGGGUCAUCCCUCCCAAUGCUACUCUCCUCUUUGACGUGGAGCUUCUCAGGUUAGAGUGA